AUGUCUGCUUCCGAUGAGAAGUGGCUCCUGAGAAAUGGGUUCAGGCCUCAGGGAAUUUGUCCCGCAGAUCAAGACCCAAUCCUAUUGCUGAUGGAAUGCUACGUUGAAAGAUGGAAUCCACCUAAUGUUAUAAACAUUCCCGAUGAUGAGUCUGCAGGGACUAUUGUAGCAAAGUUCACAGCAACUGACCAAGAUGUGGAUGACAGAGUCUUCUAUGAAUUUGCUAGCAAGCACAAAGGCUUCACCAUUGAUGAAAACACAGGAGAACUCAAACUGACCCAUCGCCCUGAUUAUGAUGACACCACCUUUCCUAACAAACAGAUACUGGAAAUUAGAGCAUUUGACUCCAACCGGGUCCAUUCCGUCACUGCAACAGUAACUGUUAAUAUUAUUGAUAUUAAUGACAAUGCCCCUCAGUGCCAGCCAACCCUUUACAAUGCUGUGCUUGCUGAAACAGACCCACCAGGCACCAUGGUCACUUUCCUGAACUGCUGGGACAAUGAUUCAGAAGCACCUAAUAAUCAUCUCACCUACACACUGGUGCUGGAUUCCUUUUCUUAG